AUGGCCGAACGCAAUAACCGCAGCAGCACGCCUCAAGCCAAAUUACCAGCCAAGAAGGCCACAAAGACCUUCUUCAACCUCCCCGCCGAACUCCGCAACGAGAUCUACCGCCUAGCCUUAGUCAAACCAAACUACCUUCGGACUGUGGUGUGUGGCAGCACUUACAAGACGCCCGCCCUCCUCCAAGUCUGCCGCCAGAUCCGAAACGAGGCGGCCGGCGUGUACUACGGAGAAAACAAGUUUGUGGCUCAUCGCGCAUGUGGAGACAAAAUGGAAAAGGUUGGAUAUGUUGAGGAGCAUGUUGGGAAGGCGAGGGGAGGAGAGAUGGUAAUUUUGAGAUAA